UUCAACUUUCAAGUCAUCCGCGUCCGGAGUUCAAUUUACAUGCGUUCGCCAACGUUAACGUGGAGCUCUACUACAACAACAAACGCAAUCGCAACAACAAUUUCUUAUGCAGCUACAAAUAAGCUGCAUACACUGAUUGUCGCUGUUUACCUUUGCCUCCGCCACUUCUUCGCCGCCGACCACCACUCGUCACCGUCUUACAAAGUACACACAGUUCGAGAAUUGCCAAUCCCUCGGGCAAUGGAGUCGAGUGCAAAGCCCAUGAGUAUUGUAAUUGUACUUGUAAAAUCAGCCAUGACCUGCGAAGCCGACGAAGGCACCGAUCUACGCGAGUAUUGCACCUAAACGCGAGUAGGAGUACCUAACUGCAGUGGCUUCUGUGUAUUGGAUAUUUACGAGCUGCAGCUUUUUGCUAUGCCUUGGAAUUGUUCAACUUCUGUGCUCGAGUUCUCUUAAACUGAAAAAUCUUAUUUUAAAUUCAUAAGUUCUAUAUUUGCGGACUAGAUAUACAUUCACACAUACAUACAUAUAUGUACCUAUACGUGUAUAUAUUUACGUACGUAGCCUUAUUGAAGCGAAGUUAAGCAGGGUGUAACACAGUAGCCUCCAACUUCACUUAUAUAUUAUAUAUAAUAAAAAAUUUUUAAUAUUUGCGCAUUUAUUGCAUGACACCAAAGAGUGAAAAGCAAUAAAAACAAAAUAGAAAACCAGUAGCAGUCUGGUAUAAUAAAUGGUCAUUAAGUAAAUUAAAUUACACACCUAAUUGUGUACUAAUGGUUCUAGAGAAGUGUGUGUAAAGGACUUAGGACUUAGUAAGGAGGCUUAAGCCCCAUUGAGGCUUAUGUAAAUGCUUAAUAAAGAUUCGAAUGCUACUUAUUCACUUACAAUUCACUAUUCGCUUCUAUCACCCAAGUAACGAAUGUGUGAUUUUUUUUAAUAUUGUUUUAAAAUACUUGAUUUUUUAUGAACACGUGGUGGUUAAAGUUUGAAGCUAAAGCUAAUCACAUACGAUGUAGAG